AUGGCCUCUGUCGGAAAACCUCCAUUGGAGGAUGCUCGUCGGACGACAGGAUCGCCGAAAAUGAAGAGCCGCGCUCUUGGCUGGCCAAGCCAGAGAGGCACACCGGAUCUCAGACGAGCAGAGUUGCUAACAAUGGAUCACUUGGUCCAUGUAGAGAAUGCGAAAGAUACCUUGUGCCGCAAUGUCACCAUCUAUGGGCGAUGCCGCUAUGAAGACAAAGGUAUUGGUUGCGCAUUCAAUCAUGACCCGUCAAAACUCAAUGCAAACCAGGCAGACAGUAAGAAGCGGUUCAAUGUGGAUUCACCUAGUUUUACCCCAUCUUUGCUGUCUGGCAAUGGUGUAUCAGCACCAAAGAAGUCCACCGCGAUAUCUCCAAAAGCUGCCAGUGCAGCUCCUUUUCAACCUCGAACAACCUCAUCGCGUUCCAACGCCAGUACGCCCACAGGGCGGUCAGAGACAUUGCCCGAUUGGGCAGUCGCCGAUGUGCAGGAGUUCGUCCCUCAAGGCUUCGAGCACGUGACACCCCUUUCGGGCAAUGGCAACGGAGGAAUCACACCCACGGGUGCCUACGACCCUUUCGUAACCACCCCAACUGCAAUGACACCUGGAGCUGUUGGACCCGUUUCUGCCAACCCAUAUUCUCACGACUCUGCUGCUGCUAUGGGUGGCGCUUUCUUUGCGAACCCCACCGGAUUCCAGCAACCUGUUCAGUACCAUCUUUACGCCCCGAUUGGUCCUCAUAGCCAGAACACACAGGCAUAUCAGCGCAACGUUCAUGAUAUGUUUCUCCCUAACGACUUACGCGAAGAACUGCAGAAAAAGGCUGCAGCUACCCUUCAAACUCUCCCCAACACCCAACUUCCUGCCCAGGUGGAUUACUUCCACUCCCUUGUUCCUCUGGAUCUUAGUCACCAAAAGAAUGCGGCAACCUUCGGCUACCCAAGCUGGGUCUACAAAGCCCAGUCCAGCAAAGAUGGUUACUUUUAUGCGCUGCGCAGACUUGAGGGCUUCCGUCUGACCAACGAGAAAGCUAUUCGUUCCGUCCAAAUGUGGAAGCGUGUCUGCAACGCUAGCGUGGUGACAAUUCAUGACGCUUUUACUAGCCGUAGCUUCCAAGACAGCUCUUUGAUCUUUGUGACUGACUACCACCCUCUGUCCAAGACACUUGCAGAGCAGCAUUUGAACGCUGGAAGCCGCUACCCUACCCGCCAUAAUGCUCAGGUUCCUGAGGAAAUCCUUUGGGGUUACAUGACCCAAAUUGCCAAUGGGCUCAAGGCGAUUCACUCUGUUGGACUUGCUGCCCGAGUCCUUGAGCCCAGCAAGGUUUUGCUGACCGCCAAAACCCGUGUCCGCAUUAACGCCUGCGCUAUUCUUGAUGUGGUGCAAUAUGACACCCAGAAGUCUGUGGCUGAUCUCCAGCGGCAAGAUCUGGUCAACUUUGGCCAAAUGAUCCUCACUCUCGGCGCCAACUCACCCACUGUCGCACAUAACCCUGGCAAAGCCAUGGAACAUUUCACCCGCACCUACACCCCGCAGCUGAAGAACUCUGUGAUCUGGCUGUUGAAUGGAAUGCAGAAGGAUCAGGAGCGAACCAUUGAUACCUUUAUAGUCGGCAUUUCAUCCCAAUUGAUGUCUACUUUCGAUGCAGCACUCCACAUGGACGAUCAGCUGAACUCCGAUCUAUGCCGGGAGCUGGAAAAUGGACGCCUUGUGCGCCUAUUGACCAAACUCGGCUUUGUGAAUGAACGCCCUGAAUAUGAACUGGACCAGCGCUGGUCGGAGACCGGAGAGCGCUACUUCCUGAAGCUCUUCCGUGACUACGUCUUCCACCAGGUGGAUGCCACAGGCGAUCCAGUGGUCGAUCUGGGCCAUGUGCUGACUUGCCUAAACAAGCUCGAUGCGGGAACCGAUGAGAAGAUACAAUUGAUCAGCCGCGAUGAGCAGAGCUGCUUCAUUGUGACUUACAAGGAACUCAAGAAAGGAUUCGAGUCAUCCUUCCAGGCGCUACUGAAGCCGACCAGACGGAUGCACUAG